AUGGAUUAUACAGGGUCCCCAGAGCCUCCUGCUAAGAGGAGACGCUUCUUCGCCUCAGAUGACGAUGCACAGAGUCACCUCUCCAGCCCAGCAUUACCGACCCCGCCAACACACACGAAGCAGCGGUUCUUUCAGGAUGUUGACGACGAGACGACACAUAUCAAAAGCGAAGAUGCAGAGGCACCUUCGUCUCCCACAAAGUCCCGCGGCCCACUGGUUGAACAACCCCUCGAAGAAGCCUCGAACCGCUCUGCCCCUCUAUCAGAGCUGCAAAGCGACGAAGCCGCCAUGACUUUCGACCAGGAGACUUUUGAAAGCUUCAUUGGUGAUAAAGUUGCGGCGGAUGUGCUGGAAGUGAUUCGUGAGAAUUGCGGUGAUAAUUUGGAGCGUGCCGUGAAUAUGUAUUUCGACGGAACAUGGAAGAACUUCAAGAAGAAGAAGCCGUCAGCGCUUGGCGCCUUCGCUCGCCCUCCUCCAGCUUCUACGACCACUCCAUCAACGCGGGACGUUCCAAUGGAAGAUCCACCGAAACCUCGACGCACGAUGCCCGAAUCCCGAUACAUUGGCGCUCUUGGUGUUGAGGGCUGGGCUACCCGUAGCGGUCCAAAUCUCCUCAAGCACGGCGACGUCGUCAAGAUUGACAGACAGAAGAUUCAACCACCGAAAUCUACUAGGCUCACGAAGUUUGGUGUGACGAACGUGACUCCUCGCGGAGGAUCUGCUGCUGCAAGGCGGGUAGAUGUGCUUGUACGAUUUACGAACAGUAGCGGGACUGAGAUCGGAAGACUGGCAAAGGAUACGGCUGACUGGGUGUCGACCCUGAUGGACCAAAAUAUCUGCAGGUUUGAGGGUACAUGUGUGUACGCCCCUGAACGAUUAAGGACGAAUGAUACAGUUUUCAUCCAGCUCAAAUGCUAUUUACUGGCAUCGGCGUUCCACAGUCCCGGGUUCAAGAUCGCGGACAACAGAGCGGCUGGGUUUUUCGAGGAGAAAGAGUCUACAGAGGAAAAAGAACUUCGCCUUCGACAGGUCGCUUUGGUGAAGCUCCUGCGGGAAAUUAACCUUGAUCCGACACGAGCCAACUCCGCUGCAUCGAAGAAUCAUAGGCAGGGCCUGCUACAAGUGGCGGAGAUGGAUGAAAAGAAGGAGAAGGACUCCUCCAAAGUAAACGCCAGGGAGCGGGGUUCGUCUCCCCCUUCCGACGAGCAGGAAGAUGGCGAAGAACUGGAACAAGACCAACUCGACGCGCUGUAUCGAAAAGCUCAGUCGUUUGACUUCAACACGCCUGAGGCGGAGCCUGCUGAUUCCUUUGCCAUGAACCUCCGGCCAUACCAGAAGCAAGCUCUGCAUUGGAUGGUGACGAAGGAGAAAGAUCUGAAAAGCAAUAGAGAACCUAGUAUGCAUCCCUUGUGGGAAGAGUAUGCAUGGCCACUCAAAGAUACAGAUGAUAAGGAGCUUCCGCAGGUUAAGGAUCAAGAACACUUUUAUGUGAAUCCUUACUCGGGUGAUUUGUCACUUGAGUUUCCGGUUCAGGAGCAAAACUGCCUGGGUGGUAUCCUAGCAGACGAAAUGGGUCUCGGCAAGACGAUUCAAAUGCUCAGUCUGGUUCAUACCCACCGUUCCGAGGUCGCACAACGCGCCAAGGCGACAGCUGGGCUGCCCAUGUCUGUUAACGAGCUUCCGCGCCUCGCCUCAAACUCAUCAAACGUGCUCUCGGCGCCGUGUACCACGCUUGUUGUGGCACCCAUGUCGCUGCUGGCACAGUGGCAAAGUGAAGCGGAGAAGGCCUCGAAAGAGGGCACUCUCAAGGCGAUGGUCUACUAUGGUAACGAGAAAGCCAGCAACCUUCAGGCUAUGUGCUGCGAGGCGAGUGCUGCGUCUGCACCUGAUGUGCUCAUCACCAGUUACGGUGUAGUCUUGUCUGAGUUCAACCAAGUCGCCGCCAAAAAGGGAGACAAGUCCAAUCAUCAUGGGCUAUUCUCGCUGAACUUCUUCCGUGUCAUUCUAGAUGAGGCUCACCAUAUCAAAAACCGACAAUCAAAGACUGCCAAGGCCUGCUACGAGAUAUCCGCCGAGCACCGUUGGGCAUUGACGGGAACGCCGAUUGUGAACAAGCUGGAGGACCUCUUUAGCCUUGUUCGUUUCCUCAGAGUCGAGCCCUGGAAUAACUUUUCCUUCUGGAAAACCUUCAUCACUGUACCGUUUGAGUCCAAGGACUUCAUGCGUGCACUGGAUGUUGUGCAAACAGUGCUCGAGCCGCUGGUACUCAGGCGUACGAAGGACAUGAAGACGCCUGACGGUGAACCACUUGUGCCGCUCCCCCCGAAACAGAUCGAAAUUGUCGAUGUUGAACUGAGCGAGACGGAAAGAGAGAUCUACGACUAUAUUUUUACACGCGCAAAGCAAUCAUUCAGGGAAAAUGUUGAAGCAGGAACCGUUAUGAAGGCCUUCACUAGCAUCUUUGCCAACAUUUUGCGCCUUCGGCAGUCAUGUUGCCACCCCGUUCUGGUGAAAAACAAAGAGCUAGUCGCGGAUGAGGCUGAGGCUGGUGCGGCAGCGGACAUGGCAGCCGGUCUUGCAGAUGACAUGGAUCUCGGCUCCCUCAUCGAGCAGUUUUCGGUCACAGUUUCUGAAUCAGAAUCCAACCCUAACGCAUUCGGCGCACACAUCCUCGGUCAGAUCCGUGAUGAGGCUGCCAAUGAAUGCCCCAUCUGCUCAGAAGAGCCCAUGAUCGACCAGACGGUUACCGGGUGUUGGCACUCUGCAUGCAAGAAGUGCCUCUUGGAUUACAUGAAGCACCAAACAGAUCGUCAUAAGGUACCAACAUGUCCUAACUGCCGCGCAGAGAUAAACUACCGCGAUCUGUUUGAAGUUGUCCGUCACGACGACGACCCAGAUAUGUUUCAAAAGUCAAAAAUCAGCCUGCAGCGCCUUGGCGUCAACAACUCGUCUUCCAAGGUCGUCGCCCUGAUUAAGGCGCUGCGUGAGUUAAGGAAGGAGCAGCCACGUGUAAAAUCUGUUGUGUUUAGCCAGUUCACGUCGUUCCUGACGCUAAUUGAGCCGGCGUUGGAGCGGGCUAACAUCAAAUUCCUGCGACUUGACGGUAGCAUGGCGCAAAAGGCACGCGCCGCAGUGCUGACUGAGUUUCAGGACUCCAAGACGUUUACUGUCUUGCUCAUCAGCCUUCGUGCUGGUGGUGUGGGUUUGAAUUUGACAUCGGCGAAGAGGGUGUACAUGAUGGACCCGUGGUGGAGUUUUGCUGUUGAGGCGCAGGCUAUCGAUCGUGUGCACCGCAUGGGGCAGGAUGAGGAAGUGAAGGUUUAUCGAUUUAUCGUGAAGGAGAGUGUGGAGGAGAGGAUGCUCCGGGUGCAGGAGCGAAAGAAGUUCAUUGCGACUUCUUUGGGCAUGAUGAGUGAUGAAGAGAAGAAGCUUCAACGUAUCGAGGAUAUCAAGGAGCUCCUCAGCUAA